AUGGUGCGAAAUUAUAGUAGGUUGCCUGGAUCGAGGCCCUAUAAAAACUACACGGAAAAAAAUUUAGCGAAUGCAUUGCAAGCUGUUAGGGAAGGGAGGAUGUCACAAAAUAAGCUGUUUGCGAAACAUGAGGGUCGUGUAGGUCACCCCACCAUCCUUACCCAACAGAAGGAGAGGCUAAUUUCAGAGACCAUCAACCAGGUAGCAGAUUGGGGUUUUCCUGUUACUGCUAGUGACGCCAGAGAAAUCGUGCAAAAAUAUGUUACAAAAGAAGGCAGAAAUAUUUCUGGAUGGCCCAACAAUAGACCAGGACCUGACUUUGAAAAAUUUAUUACCAGAAAUAAUAUUAGCAUUCGAUUGGCAUCUAAUAUUAAGCACGAUCCCGGGGCCAAAAAAGUUUUAGUUCGUAGGGGUACUAAAAGGGUUGAAAAGGUUCAAGAACAUUCGCGUUCAGCAAUAAGUGUAAUGGUCUGCGGAAGCGCAAAUGGAAUCCUACUACCACCAAUGGUAGUCUAUAAAGCCAACAACAUUUACGAAAAUUGGACUGUUGGUGGCCCUCUAGGGGCAGUUUAUGAUAACAUCAGCAGUGGAUGGUUCGAUAUGAAUCUCUUUGAGGUAUGGUUUUUUAAACUGUUGCUGCCCCACGUCAAAGAAAAUUGUAAUGGUGAAUCAGUUGUUCUUUUAGGUGUUAACCUAGCCUCACAUUUUUCUCCAACCGUGGUAAAGGCUGCUAAAGAAAAUAAUAUUUAUGUGGCUCCUUUAACCCCCAAUUUAACUCACUUUAUGCAGCCUUUGGACGUGGCUUUCUUUGCUCCCAUGAAAAAGAAAUGGAGGGCUAUUUUAGACGAUUGGAGAAAGACUCGUCGCGUAAAAGGCACUCUGCUUAAAGAACACUUUCCGAAUCUCCUGAAUCACUUGUGGAGAUCUCUACAGGAAAGAGUAGAAGAGAAUUUAAAAUCCGAAUUUCGUGCCACCGGAAUUUGUCCAUAUGAUCCGCAGCAGCCUUUAUCCAAAUUGCCAAAAACUCCAAUUGAUGCAUCUACGAGUGAUAUUUUGAAUGAUAGUUUAUUAGAGUUUCUUCAGGAGACACGUGGACAAUCAAGCACGAACCCUAAACGAAAGCGGGGACGAAAAAUUAUUCCCGGCAAAGAAGUCGAUUGUGAAGAAACUAAAGAGGAGCAACUAGCAAGACAAGGAAAAACUAAUUGA